AUGAGUGACAGUUUUCUUAUUUUGCCGGGCCCAAGCGCCUUGUCUCGCUUCAGAGUCAGCACCUUGGUCCAGGAGCUUGAAAAAAAAUUGGGCCACGCUGGUGUCAUCUCCGAUGUGAGUUCCGCCUACACCCACUAUGUGUCGUUGAAAAAAGACUUGACCGCUGCGCAAUUGAAGUUGGUGGAGAUUUUGUUGACAUAUGAUUCUCCAGUCGAUGUGACUGUGGAGUCGAACAAAUUGUUGCAACAGUUGGCUGUCGUUUCGGGCGACGCCGUUGACACCGCUGAGUUUGCGCCUUUGGAAGAGAAAAACGCCGUCUUGGUGCGUGUUUUGCCCAGAGCAGGCACCAUCUCUCCUUGGUCUUCUAAAGCCACAGAUAUUUCUAAUAUCUGUGGUUUGGGCGACUUUGUCGAGCGUAUCGAGCGUGGAAUGUCUUUGUUGAUCACUGCGAAGCCUGGAUUUCCAUUGCUUCAGCACUUGCGUGAGCUGAAGGGCGAAUUGUUGACUUCAGUCUUCGAUCGCAUGACCCAGACUUUGUUCUUUAAUGAAGAUGCUCCUCACCACGAUGAUUUGUUUGCCCACCAUUCGCCCAAACCUUUGGUUGAAGUGGACAUCUCGGGAGACAAGUUGGUGCAAGCUAACAAAGACUUGGGAUUGGCAUUGGACCAAGGUGAAAUCGAUUACUUAAUCCAUGCUUUCAACACAGUUAUUGGAAGGAAACCAACUGACGUUGAACUUUUCAUGUUUGCCCAGGUCAACUCCGAACACUGUCGUCACAAAAUCUUCAAUGCGGAUUGGACCAUUGACGGUGUAAAGAAGGACAUGUCUUUGUUCCAAAUGAUUCGUAACACUCACAAGAAAAAUCCACAAUAUACCGUUUCCGCAUACUCUGAUAAUGCUGCGGUUUUCGAGGGUCCUUUGGGUUACGUCUUCACCCCAGAUUUCAAGACAAAGGAAUGGAAAUCUAUCCGCGAGAAUGUGUUCACCUUGGUGAAAGUCGAAACCCACAAUCACCCUACUGCUGUUUCUCCUUUCCCGGGUGCUGCCACAGGUUCUGGUGGUGAAAUUAGAGAUGAGGGUGCUGUUGGUCGUGGAUCUAAGUCCAAGGCUGGCUUGUCUGGAUUCUCUGUUUCUGACUUGAACAUUCCUACAUUACCCCAACCAUGGGAAAGAGACGUAGGAAAACCUGACCACAUUGCUUCUGCUUUAGAUAUUAUGAUUGAGGCUCCAAUCGGCUCUGCUGCGUUUAACAACGAGUUCGGUAGACCUGCUAUCAAUGGUUAUUUCCGGACUUUGACCACUGAGGUCAAAAACCACAAUGGCGAUCCAGAGUUGAGAGGCUUCCAUAAACCAAUCAUGUUGGCAGGUGGUAUGGGUGCUAUUCGUCCAGAUUUGGCAUUGAAAAACACAAAGAUCACUCCUGGAGCUCACCUUAUUGUUCUCGGUGGCCAAUGUAUGUUAAUUGGUUUGGGCGGAGGUGCUGCAUCUUCUGUUUCUUCUGGUGAGGGUUCGGCCGACUUGGACUUUGCAUCCGUUCAACGUGGAAACCCAGAAAUCCAAAGAAGAGCGCAACAGGUUAUCGACGCUUGUGUUUCGCUUGGCGCAAAGGGAAACCCAAUCCAAUCCAUUCAUGAUGUUGGAGCUGGUGGAUUGUCUAACGCUUUGCCUGAGUUGGUCCAUGACAACGACUUGGGUGCCCAAUUCGAGUUGCGUCUGAUCUUGUCCUUGGAACCUGGAAUGUCUCCUAUGGAGAUCUGGUGUAACGAAUCUCAAGAAAGAUACGUUUUGGGAGUGGCUCCAGAAAACCUCGAGUUGUUCAAGGGUAUUUGUGAAAGAGAAAGAGCUCCUUUUGCCGUCGUCGGAACAGCCACAGAAGAACAACGCUUGGUUUUGCACGACUCGCUUUUGAAGACCACUCCAAUUGACUUGGACAUGUCUGUUUUGUUCGGAAAGCCACCCAAGAUGGCCAGAACUGCCCUCACGCAAAACUUGCGCUUGGAGCCAUUCUCUACUGCAAACUUGGACUUCAGCCAAGCCGUUGAACGUGUCUUGCAGCUCCCAGCUGUGGGCUCCAAGAACUUCUUGAUCACCAUUGGUGACCGUUUUGUCACCGGUUUGGUUGAUCGUGACCAAAUGGUUGGACCAUGGCAAGUCCCUGUUGCCGAUGUUGGUGUGACAGCAACUUCGCUCGGUGAAACCGUUGUCACCACAGGAGAAGCCAUGGCUAUGGGUGAAAAACCGACUUUGGCCUUGAUUUCCGCAUCGGCAUCAGCAAAGAUGUGUGUGGCUGAAUCGUUGCUCAAUGUUUUUGCUGCCCAUAUCCCAGCCAUUGACACAGUGAAGUUGUCUGCUAACUGGAUGUCCGCUGCUCUGCAUGAUGGAGAGGGUGCCAAGUUGUACGAAGCUGUGCAAGCAGUGGGCUUGGACUUGUGUCCAGAUUUGGGUGUAGCAAUUCCUGUCGGAAAGGACUCCAUGUCCAUGAAGAUGAAGUGGGACAACAAAGAAGUUGCUGCACCUUUGUCUUUGUGUGUGACGGCGUUUGCCCCUGUUGUGAAUACUUCUCACACCUGGACUCCUCAACUUAAAUUUGUUGGCGAAGACACAGUGUUGGUGUUGGUGGAUUUGGCAUCUGAUGUUUCCAAAGCAUUGGGUGGCUCUGCAUUGGCCCAAGUUUACCAGCAAGUUGGCGAUUCCGCUCCAACAGUACGUUCGCAUGCACUUUUCAAGGGUUUCUUGAAUGCCUUGAUUGCUUUGCACAAAGACUUGGAUGUCUUGGCUUAUCACGACCGUUCUGAAGGUGGUUUGUUCACCACCGUUGUUGAAAUGGCUUUUGCUGGCCGUUGCGGACUUGAUUUGAACGUUUCGAGCAAAGAAGAUGCGUUGACUUCUUUGUUCAACGAGGAGCUUGGUGCUGUUUUCCAGAUUCGCUCAUCUGACCUUGAGAAGUUUUCGGAAAUUUUGGCUUCUCAUGGCUUGGACGAGAAAUACAUUUCCGUCAUUGGUAAGCCACAAAAGGCUCAAACAGUCUCCGUGAAGGUUAAUGGAGAGGUUGUGUAUGAAAACACCAGAGCGGAGUUGCAAAAGUUGUGGAGCAACACAUCUUAUCACCUCCAGAAAUUGAGAGACAAUCCCGAAACCAGUGAACAGGAAUACGCUUCUAUUUCUGACGACAACGACCCUGGUUUGUCUUAUCAAUUGACCUUUGACCCAAAAAGCAUUGGUGUUCCAGCUGGUUCCAAAAAGCCUAAGGUGGCCAUUUUGAGAGAGCAAGGUGUCAAUUCUCAACAAGAAAUGGCAUGGUCAUUCCAACAGGCCGGUUUCGAAGUUUACGAUGUGCACAUGUCUGACAUUUUGAGCGGAAGAGUCACUUUGGACCAAUUUACCGGUAUUGCGGCGUGCGGAGGCUUUUCUUACGGUGAUGUUUUGGGCGCCGGUGCUGGCUGGGCCAAAUCUGUUUUGUUCAACGACGUGGCCAGAAACGAGUUCAAAAAGUUCUUCCAGGACAGAAACGACACUUUCGCAAUUGGUGCAUGCAAUGGUUGUCAGUUUUUGAGUCGUAUCGCGGAGUUGAUUCCAGGUACGGAACAUUGGCCAACAUUCGAGAGAAACUUGAGUGAGCAGUACGAGGCUAGAUACGUCAUGGUUGAGGUUGACCAGAACAAUAACUCGAUCUUUUUGCAAAAGUUGAAGGGUUCUAAACUUCCAAUUGUCGUUGCUCAUGGAGAAGGUAGAGCAUCUUUCAAGGACGGGGCCACUCAAGAGUCUUUCCAAGCAGACAAGCAGUCGGUUAUCAGAUACAUUGACAACUACGGUCAGACGGCCAAGACUUACCCAUUCAAUCCAAAUGGUUCUCCUGAUGGCAUUGCGGGUAUUUCUAACGCUAGUGGACGUGUUUUGGCUAUGAUGCCUCACCCAGAGAGAACUACCCGUUUGGAGUCCAACUCGUGGUACCCUGCAGAAAAGUAUGCCGAGUGGGAAGGCUAUGGGCCAUGGAUCGGCUUGUUCAGAUCGGCAAGAGAAUGGGUCGGGGACAACUUUUAA